UUCUUGCAGUAAGCCAGUGUUUACAAAAAAUAUAAGUAAAGGAGCAUAGGUCGUGUAUUUUAAAACGAGGUGCAGUAUUGGCUACACGAGGCGUAUAACCUCGAAUAUUUUUUCAGUGCCAAUAGUGAAAAUUCAUAGUAUUUGAUUGCAUAUAAUCGAGCGAGUGAUGAAAACCAGAGGAAACGCAGUUAGGUUGAAGCAAAAACCUAACGAUAAAUGGCGACAAUUAGAUGUAGGCGACGAUUAUAAUAUUGAAUCGGUGGAUUAUCGCAAAGCCAAAAAAGUAGAAACAUUGCCGUUUAAUAAAUUACCAGCAAUUCACAUCGAUAAAGCCAUUGUAUUUCUAGAAAAGAUAGAUAAAAAAAUAUCUGCAGUUUCCGAUUGCAAAGAUGUUAAACCUAAACCGACGUCUCUUCCGACAAGCAUCUGUAAAAUUAAAAGUCAAAGUUUUCAACCGAUUGUUGAAUUAGAAAGCCAAGUUCAUACCAGUAACGUGAAUGAAAAAAAGCUAACAAUUUUAUUGAAAAGAGGAUUCAAUUACGCCGAUAACCGUCAGUUUCAAGUAAAUCCCCAAUUGGAAAUUAAAAAAUCCGAGGAAAUUAAAUUAUUUGAAAAAAAAACUAAAACCAAUUUAUCUCAGAAAGGUAGAAAGACUCAUAAAAUUACGAAUCAGAAAACACGUAUUCGUUCGACAAACAAGAGAAUUAAACCAUAUAAAUGUGAAAUUUGCAACAAAUCAUUUGGAUACCAGCAAAGCUUGAAAUAUCACAUUAAUGCAAUACAUAUUCGCAGGAAAGCUUUUGAAUGUGAUACUUGUCACAAAUCAUUUAGAGGAAAAGCGUAUCUUAAAGCUCACAUAAAUAUAGUACAUGAUCGUUGCAAACUUUUCGAGUGUGAUAUUUGUCACAAAUCAUUUGGAUACAAACAUACCUUGAAAAAUCACAUACAUACAGUACACAAAUUUAGCAAAACUUUUGAAUGUGAUAUUUGUCAUGAAUCAUUUUCCAAUAAGAGGAACUGCGAUAGACACUUGAGUUCUGUACAUAAUCGAAUCAAACCCUUCGAAUGUGAGACUUGCCACAAAUCAUUUGGAUACAAGAAUGCACUAAAAAAUCACAUUAUGACAGUACAUAAUAGGAGCAAACCCAAGUAUAACACUUGUCGCGAUUCAUUGGGAAACCAGUAUGUUCAUAUAAGUCACGUGACAGCAGUUCACAAUCAAAGUAAAUCAUUAGAAUGUAAUUUUUGUCGCAAGUCAUUUGUCGUCAAGAAUACUGCGAAAUCUCACGAUACUUCAGUACAUUACUAUGACAAACCAUUUCGAAUGUGAGAUUGGUCACAAAUCAUGUAGCAGCUAGUAUAGUUCAGAAGACAUGAAAUUUUUAGUAUAUGAUUACAUUUAAAAGACUUUUGGAAUCACAUGAGUACACUACACUUCAUUAU